GGGAGCGGGGUCAGUGCAUCCUGUCAACACCCCCAAAGAUCCUCUUCUGUGACUUGAGGCUGGAUCCUGGCGAGUCCAAGAGCUACUCCUACUGCGAGAUGCUUCCGGUGGACGGGCCGCCCUCCUUCCGUGGCCAGACGGUGAAGUACGUCUACAAGCUGACCAUCGGCUGCCAGCGGGUGAACUCGGCCAUCAAGCUGCUCCGUGUCCCCUUCCGAGUGAUGGUGCUACAGGGGCUGCGAGACUACCCCUUCCCCCAGGACGAGACUGUGGCCCCCUCCAACCCCUUCCUGGAGGAGGAAGAGGGCGGCCUGAAGAAGUCCUCCCGCCUGGCGGACCUGGCCACGGAGCUCCUGACGGUCGUGACUUCGCGGCGGAGUUUGCACUUGUUCAACAUCAGCAGUGCCCAGGGCCGAGUGGCCACCUUCUGCAUCUUCAAGACGGUCUACAAGAUUGGGGAGGACGUGGUGGGCACCUUCAGCUUCUCCGAGGGGGACACGCCCUGCCUGCAGUACCUGGUGAGCCUGCAGACGGAGGAGCGUGUCCAGGAGGCCUUCCAGCGCCACAGGGGCCAGGCUGCCUCCUACAGCACCCACGCCCGGCACCAGGAGUCCUGCCUGCACACGGCCCGCACCAGCUUCAGCCUGCCUAUCCCGCUCAGCUCGGCCCCGGGAUUCAGCACCAACGUCGUGUCCCUCCAGUGGAGGCUCCACUUUGAGUUUGUCACUCUGCGGGACGCGGCCGAGGCACCCGUGGCUCCCAAGGACCCGUCGGAAGCCGCCAGCUGGACAGGAGUGGAGCAGAUGGAUGUGGACACUUUCAGCUGGGACCUGCCCAUCAAGGUGCUGCCCACCAGCCCCCUACUGGCUACCUCCGUCUCCCAGCUGCCCAGCUGCAGCGCUCUCUCCAUCUGAGCAGGAGUGGCCGGCGGGAGAGGAGCUGGGGGCCCCGGAAGACUCCUCCGGACACUGCCUGGAGCCCGAGGACUCUGACCUGCGGAGUGCCAGGCUGUGGGCAGGCCAAGGAUGGCAAGACCCGGCCCGUCCUGGCUGGAGCGUUUCCCCUCCCCAUGGACACCCAGUGAAGCCCUCGCCCUCCCUCCCUCCCUCCCUCCAUGCCUUAUGAAACAGCGCCAAGGCUGAAAGGGGAGGGGACCCUUUUCGGCUCUUCCGCCCUACCCAGAGGCCUGUUUCGUGUCUGUCACCAACUCCUGGCCCCUCAGUGGCGAUGCCCCCACUGCCCCGGGAUGCAGAGGAGUAGGCGGGAGGCCCGCCCUCUUUGCAGGCCUUCCUGGAGGAGGAGGAGGAGCCUUGCCCUUCCACCCGGAAGCCCCACUCUCGGAGCAGGAGCCCUGGGCAGUCCCUGGCCGCCCCCCUCCUCUCCUGCCACCCACCUGGGAACUGGGACUGAGGAGCAGUGCCGGAGGGCGACCCCCGCGGUUCCCAGUAGUGCGGGGAAGGAGAGCUGCAGGCUAGACGUGGGGGAGGGAAAGAGUGCAGGGGACGGGAUAGAAAGGGCCCAUUCACUAGGGAGCCCCCGUGGGUCUGGUGGGCAGGGCUCCAGUGGGGCUGUGGUGGGCUCCAUUCCUCCCUUGGGGGGCUUCAGCUGGUAGACGAGCCCCCCCCCCCCUCCCUCCGGGUCUUGGUGGGUUUCAGUUCCUGCUACUCUGGAGGUUUCUUUCCUUUAUUUUUUUUUAUUUUUUUUCCAAAACAAA